UUUCUAGUUUGAUCAGAAGAGAAUUCAUUCUAUUGCAUAAUCAUGUUAAGAGCUAACCAAUCAUCAAUCAAGAGAGUCUCCACCACCUUUGUUCGUCAUUUACACAAGGAAUUAAAGUUUGGUGUUGAAGGUAGAGCCGCCUUAUUAAAGGGUGUCAACACCUUGGCCGAUGCCGUUUCCGUCACUCUUGGUCCAAAGGGUCGUAAUGUUUUAAUUGAACAACAAUUCGGCUCCCCAAAAAUCACCAAGGACGGUGUCACCGUUGCCAAGGCUGUUACCUUGCCAGACAAGUUUGAAGACAUGGGUGCCAAGUUAUUACAAGAAGUUGCAUCCAGAACCAACGAAAGUGCUGGUGAUGGUACCACUUCUGCUACUAUUUUAGGUAGAUCCAUCUUCACUGAAUCCGUCAAGAACGUUGCUGCUGGUUGUAACCCAAUGGAUUUAAGAAGAGGUAGUCAAGCUGCCGUUGAAGCCGUCAUUGACUUUUUACAACAAAACAAGAAGGAAAUCACCACCUCUGCUGAAAUUGCUCAAGUUGCUACUAUUUCUGCCAACGGUGACCACCAUAUUGGUGCUUUAUUAGCUUCUGCUAUGGAAAAGGUUGGUAAGGAAGGUGUUAUCACCGUCAAGGAAGGUAAGACCUUGGUUGACGAAUUGGAAGUCACUGAAGGUAUGAAGUUCGACCGUGGUUUCAUUUCUCCAUACUUUAUCACCAACACCAAGACCGGUAAGGUUGAAUUUGAAAACCCAUUGGUUUUGCUUUCUGAAAAGAAGAUUUCUAGUAUCCAAGACAUUUUACCAUCCUUGGAAUUGUCCAACCAAUCAAGAAGACCAUUAUUGAUUGUUGCCGAAGAUGUCGAUGGUGAAGCUUUAGCUGCUUGUAUCUUGAACAAAUUGAGAGGUCAAGUUCAAGUUUGUGCUGUCAAGGCUCCAGGUUUCGGUGAUAACAGAAAGAACACCUUGGGUGAUAUUGCUGUUCUUACCGGUGGUACCGUCUUCACUGAAGAAUUGGACAUCAAGCCAGAAAAUGCCACUCUUGAAUUAUUGGGUUCUGCUGGUUCCAUUACCGUUACCAAAGAAGACACUGUUAUCUUGAAUGGUGAAGGUUCUAAAGACAACAUUGCUACCAGAUGUGAACAAAUUAGAACCACCAUUGACGAUGCCACCACCACUGAAUAUGAAAAGGAAAAGUUACAAGAAAGAUUAGCCAAAUUAUCUGGAGGUGUUGCUGUUGUUAGAGUUGGUGGUUCUUCUGAAGUUGAAGUUGGUGAAAAGAAGGAUCGUUAUGAUGAUGCUCUUAACGCCACCAGAGCUGCUGUUCAAGAAGGUAUCUUACCAGGUGGUGGUACUGCUUUAAUCAAGGCCACCAAGAUCUUGGAUGGUGUUAAGGACAAGGCUGCUAACUUUGACCAAAAGUUAGGGGUUGAAAUCAUUAGAUCUGCCAUUACCAAGCCAGCCAAGAGAAUUAUUGAAAAUGCUGGUGAAGAAGGUGCUGUUAUUGUCGGUAAGAUUUACGACGAACCAAGUUUCACCUAUGGUUACGAUUCCCAAAAGGGUGAAUUCACCGAUAUGAUCGCCGCUGGUAUCAUUGAUCCAUUCAAGGUUGUCAAGAACGGAUUAAAUGAUGCUGCUGGUAUUGCUUCAUUGUUGGCCACUACUGAAUGUGCUAUUGUUGAUGCUCCAGAACCAAAGGCUCCAGCUGGAGCACCACCAGCUGGUGGUAUGGGUGGUAUGCCAGGUAUGUUCUAAGCAUGAUACAACUAGUUGACGUAAUUUAAGGAAAAGUUUGUACCACGACUCUAUAAGUUUUUAUUCUGUAAAUAGUAUUGAAGUUGAAGUUUUAUUUCAACUUGAACAUUUUGAAUAUAGAGAAAGUGAACAUUAUAUGAAUUUUUU